GGGUAUUGCAGUUUUUUCCUUUUUCCCCCAUUUUUGAUUAAAAAAAUUCUGGGCACAUUUUGUAUGUCAGAAAAAUACCAAAUAAAAAAAUAAAGGCAAUUACAGAAAUGAAUCGGUUGAUCUGCGUAUGGAAGAUUGUAGAUAUAUAAUCUAUAUUUAGAGAGAAACAGAGAGAGAGAGAGAGAGAGAUAUAGAGAGAGAGUGGCCGUGCGGAUUAACGGCCACCACCUCUCACUUCCUACCUCAACCAAAUUUUAAGAUUUUCCGAAGCCAAGACUGUGGAAGGGGCUUGUUGAUUGCUUUAAUUCUUAAAUUAUUUCGCCGGGAAAGAGAGGGAUUCCUGGCGGCAACGUUGCUUGAUUCGGAAAGUUUUCGGCUUUCUCGGUCAACGGUGGUGUUUGCAGGAUGGUAAUUUGAUUGAGGGAAGAUGCAGCAACACAUAUUCAACGCAAUGCGUGGUUUGAAUAUGAUUGAUGGGUGCAAAAGUGCCCAGGUUUAUUCCCUUAAUCAGAUGGCCGGCGGUGGAGCGGCCGGCGGCGGCGGAAAAGAGGGUUUCCUGCAGCAAUUGCAAGAACAUCUGAGGGUUAAUUCAGUGAGGUCCAGACCUCAUCAGCGUUGUCAGAACGUUUCUCAGAGUAGCAAUGGGAAUUCUACUACUGUGGCCGAGGCUCUUGCAGCCUAUGGGCUUCCGAAGGCGGAUCUGAUCGAGCCCCAAAUCGAUCCGUUUCUCAAAUUUGUUGAUUUUGUGGGGGUUUUAGCUGAUGUGUAUAGGAGACUUGAGAAUUGCCCUGAAUUAGAGAGAUCAGAGAUGUAUAUGGAGCAAUGUGCGAUCUUCAGGGGUUUGCCUGAUCCAAAAUUGUUUAGGAGAAGUCUUCGUUCUGCUAGGCAGCAUGCUGUGGAUGUGCAUUCGAAGGUUGUACUCUCGGCUUGGUUGAGAUACGAGAGGCGGGAGGAUGAGCUGUUGGGGGUUUCUGCAAUGGAUUGUAGUGGUCGGAGUAUGGAGUGCCCAAAGGGUUCUUUGGUAUCAGGGUACAACCCUGAGUCUGUAAAUGAUAAUUGUUUGUGUUUUCGUGGCGGAGAUGAGGAGGGAGAUCUGGAAUCCGAUGAGGAGUGCUCCACCUCACUUAGCUAUGGUGGUGAGGUUGAUGAUGUUGUUGAUGACGAUGAUUAUGAUAUGUGGUUUUGCGUUGGGGGGGAUGAGGUCAGAUGCAAUAGGUUUAAGAUUGCUUCGCUCUCUAGACCGUUUAAAUCAAUGUUGUAUGGUAACUUUGUUGAGGCGAAGAAGGAGAGAAUAUAUUUCGCUCAGAAUGGGAUCUCUGCCAAGGCAAUCAAAGCUGCUGAGGUUUUCAGUAGGAUAAAGAGUGUGGAUUCUUUUGAUCCAAAUGUUGUUCUUGAACUCUUGUCAUUUGCUAAUAGGUUCUGCUGUGAUGAACUAAAAUCUGCUUGCGAUGUAUUUCUAGCAUCUCUUGUUGGUGAUAUUGAAAUGGCUCUUCAACUCAUUGAUUAUGGGUUAGAGGAGACUGCACACCUGCUGGUGGCGGCUUGCUUGCAGGUGAUUCUGAGGGAACCGUCGUGUUCAGUGCAGCCAAACGUGUUGAGACACUUCUGUACUUCAGAAGCUUUGCAACGGCUAGCAGCAGUUGGGCAUGCGUCCUUUUUGCUUUACAAUUUUUUGAGCCUGAUAGCCAUGGAACAAAACAUGAAAUCAAAUGCAACAGUAAUGCUUUUGGAGAGAAUGGGAGAUUGUGCUACCAAGAGCUGGCAGAAGCAGCUAGCAUUCCACCAGUUGGGUUGUGUGAUGCUUGAAAGAAGAGAAUAUAAGGAUGCUCAGAAAUGGUUCGAGGCAGCUUUUGAAGCUGGUCAUGUGUAUUCCUUAAUUGGUGUUGCAAGAGGAAAAGACAAGCGUGGGCACAAGUAUAAGGCAUUCAAGUUGACAAACUCCCUCUUUUCUGACUACAAUCCCUGUGGUUGGAUGUAUCAAGAACGAGCUCUAUAUAGCAGUGGUAGAGAAAAAAUGAUGGAUUUGAAUACAGCUACUGAAAUGGACCCAACUCUUUCCUAUCCGUACAAGUACAGAGCUGUCUCCAUGAUGGAGGAGGACAAAAUUGGUGUUGCCAUAUCUGAAGUCAACAAGAUAAUUGGUUUCAAGGUUUCCCCCGACUGUCUUGAGCUCCGUGCUUGGUUCUUGAUUUCCCUGGGGGACUAUGAAGGAGCCCUAACAGAUGUCCGUGCACUCCUAACUUUAGACCCUCAUUAUAUGAUGUUUCAUGGCCAGAUGCCCGGGGAGCAGUUGGUAGAGCUUCUAUGUAAUCUUGUCGAACAGCGUGAUCAAGCGGAUUGCUGGAUGCAACUCUAUGAUAGGUGGUCCUCAGUAGAUGAUAUUGGCUCUCUAGCUGUUGUACACCAUAUGCUGGCUAUUGAUCCCGGGAAAAGCCUGUUACGGUUUAGGCAGUCUCUCCUCCUACUGCGAUUAAAUUGCCACAAGGCUGCGAUGAGAAGCCUGAGAAUGGCUCGAAACCAUGCUGCCUCUGAUCAUGAAAGGCUUAUCUACGAGGGCUGGAUUUUAUAUGAUACUGGCUAUCGUGAAGCUGCUAUAGCCAAAGCUGAAAAAUCCAUUUCACUUCAGAGAUCAUUCGAAGCCUUUUUUCUGAAAGCCUAUGUUCUUUCUGAAACAACAACAGAUCAUGAAUCUUCGUUCUAUGUUAUCAAGCUUCUUGAGGAAGCUCUCAGGUGCCCUUCCGAUGGCCUUAGGAAAGGACAGGCCUUGAGUAAUCUAGCAAGUAUCUAUGUAGACGUGGAUAAACUAGACCAUGCAGUUGACAACUACACGAAUGCCCUGACCAUUAAGCAUACAAGAGCACAUCAGGGCCUGGCCCGCGUAUAUCAUCUAAAAAAUCUUCGGAAAACUGCAUAUGAUGAGAUGACGAAGUUGAUUGAGAAGGCUAGAGAUAAUGCAUCAGCUUACGAGAAACGCUCAGAAUACUGUGACCGUGAAAUGGCCAAAAGUGAUCUGAGCAUGGCAACCCGACUGGACCCUCUGAGGACAUAUCCAUAUCGAUAUCGGGCUGCUGUUUUGAUGGAUGACCACAAGGAAGCUGAGGCCAUAAACGAGCUCACGAGAGCCCUAGCUUUUAAGCCCGACCUUCAGCUGCUUCAUCUCCGUUCAGCAUUCCUCGACUCAAUUGGCGAUUAUGUCUCCACAAUCCGAGACUGUGAGGCCGCCCUCUGUCUCGACCCCAACCAUUCAGACACACUUGAGCUGUAUCGGAAAGCACAAAAACGGGCUGAGGAGCAAAAAGAGUAAAAGAUGGAAAGACAGCAACUAUGCCAAUAUGGUUUCCAUAUCACAACUCUAAACUCUUGGGGGAAUCUGUUUGUUCUCUCUCCUUUGAGCCUUUUUUUCGGUAGAGUGAUUAUGCUUGUAUCGUCAUGACUUAAUCUUGCCAAAAAUAGGAGCAAAUUGUAUAUUGAAAAGCAGAAAAAGCCACAGAAGAGAAGGAAAUAGAAAAAGAAGUUGUUUUCA